UAUUUUUACGUUAAUUAAUUCAAUUAUUGUAUCAAUGGGAGUAAAUUAAUUUUGAUACGCAUUCCAGUCGUGGUACCUAACCUAAUACAAAUGGAGCAAUCUAUCCGAAGGCUUUGCUUGAAAUAUAUUAACGUGUUGCAUUAUUUUAACAAAAAUUAAAGUUAAAACUAUUUAAGGAAUAACUACAUGAAGCCUGUCUUUAUGUACAAAUCAUGUAAUAAAUUACUAAGCUGUGUAAAAUUAAAAGAAACGUAUAUUUCAUAUUCGAUAUCAAUUUCAUGUAUAGAGCGCGAAGAUUCAAUAUUGGAAAAUUUAAAUACAUUAAAAAUGGCCACGUAUAAAUUAAAAUGCCUUAGUUUGUAAAAUAAAUCAAAGUGAUAAAUAUACUUUAAAAUAAUCCUGGAAGGUGUUUUGCUAUGCAUAUCAGAAUGAGCGUACGUAUGAGAAGAACAAUUUUCUGCGGAAUUGUAUUAUUAUUAAGUGUAUUAUAUUUAUAUACAAAUCGAACCAUAUAUUCGAGUGACCAUGAGAAAAAUGUUUCUUUAAAAUUACUUCUUGCUGCUGCUAUAAAGGCAGCUGAACUUGGUGCUUCUGAAGUAAUAGCAGUUCAUGAUCAAGUGAAAUUUGAAAUACAAAGCAAGGGAAAAACAAAAGAAGGUAUAAAUGAUCCAGUAACAGAAGCAGAUUAUAGAUCUCAUUGUGCAAUGUAUCACUCUUUGUUGGAAGCUUUCCCUGAUAUAACAGUAAUAUCAGAGGAAGCAUCAAAAGAUUGUGAUAAAGUAACAGUUUCAAAUAUGAAAGACUCAGUUAAUAGCUUAAGAGAUUAUAAUAUUAAGGAUGAGAUUGUAAAUUCAAAUGAUAUCACAGUUUGGAUCGAUCCCCUUGAUGCAACAAAAGAGUUUACAGAAAAUUUGUUGCAAUAUGUUACAACUAUGGUUUGUGUUGCUGUCAAAGGCAAACCUGUAAUAGGUGUUAUAUACAAACCAUUUGAAGCAAAGCAAAAUUCUAGUUUGUUUUGGACAUGGACUGAUCAUGGAAUUUCAAAAAAUCUGCAAGUACUUCCAAAGGGGGAAGAGAAUAGACCACCAAUAUUAAUUGUAUCUCAGUCACAUGCUGGUCAAGUUCAUAAUGUUACCAAAAUUGCAUUUGGUAAAGAUGUUCAAAUUGUUUCUGCAGCUGGUGCAGGCUACAAAUUUUUAGAAGUUGUGAGUAAAAAUGCAACUGCAUAUGUUCACAUGACAGCAAUAAAGAAGUGGGACAUUUGUGCAGGCACUGCAAUUCUCACUGCUCUUGGUGGUACAAUUACACAAUUAUUUGACCAACAAUCGAUCAGUUUUGGUCCCAAUGAUUCCAAAAUACUUACAUGGGGUCUUUUAGCUACUAUGAAUAACCAUGCUUGGUACUUGGAUAAAUUUUCGAAUAUUUAAUAUGACAACCAAUUUCAAGUUAAAGUAUUAACUUUCA